UCUCCCAGCUCAGUAGGUUUUUUUUUGUUAUUCCGUGCGGGUGCUCUAUCCGCGUAAUAUUAGUGUAAAUUCCCUUAGCCCCCUAGUGUUGACAAAAUUGUGAAUAUUGUGCCAGACGACUGUUAAUUAGAAUAUAGAACACUUACCAAAUACUUUAACCAAAAAUCCGACGCAGUUGCCAGUUCUUUGUUACGGCUGCUGGCGCAAACCAACGGUAAAUGUGGAUAACGGUGGAUAAAUCACUGCUGACCUCGACCUAGACAACAUAUACAUACUUGUAUUCGUUGUAUAAAACGAAAUCGACCGACCGAUUUAUUGUUACCGGCUAUGCAUUAUUGAUUUUCACUACCAUUUUGGCAGAGAAAAGAGAGGAGCGGAGGAAGGAGAAAACGAACGCCCCUCGCCCGCGUGCGAGAGAAUCACUGUCGUAACGGUAAACCCCGGGCCCCAGAAAACCCCGAAACCAAUCCCAAAGUUAUGAACCGCACCAGAAGGAAGGUCGUGCGUCCAAAGAAUCCCUACACCAAAGCCAACUUUUUCUCACAAUGGAGCUUCUGGUGGAUGCGGGAUCUGUUCAAGCGAGGGCUUCAGGGUCCGCUGACGGACGAAGAGCUGUAUCAGCACAGAAAGACUCUAGAUAGUGAACGGGUUACGAAUAAGUUCGCAGAGCUAUGGGACGAUGAGCUCAAGCGAAGUGAUCCCAGCGUGGUGAGGAUGAUUCUUCGGGCGUACGGCAAGAUUUUCCUGCCCAUGGGUCUGGCCUUCUCCAUAAGCGAAACGGUUUGCAAAUCUCUAAUGCCACUUUUUCUGGGUGGCUUGGUCGGUUAUUUCGCCACCAACCAGACGGAUAUCAGUGAGCAAACAGCUUAUCUGUACGCCAUGGGCAUUGUGAUUUGCAUGCUGAUACCUGUGAUAACAUUCCACCCCUUCAUCUUCUACAUCUUCCAAGUGGGCACCAAGCUGCGGCUGGCCCUCUCGGGACUCAUCUACCGCAAAUGUCUGCAGGUCUCGAAGAGCAGCAGCAACGAUGGCCUCCGAGGGAGAGCCAUCAAUAUUAUGUCCAACGAUCUCGGUCGUUUUGAUGUGGCGCUGUGUUUCCUCCACGACACGUGGAAGGGUCCGAUGGAGUCGAUACUGAUUGGCUUCCUCAUGUACCGCGAGAUUGGAAUAUCUGCUGUGAUCGGUGUAUCCUUCAUGCUCAGCUUUAUCCCACUGCAAGCGUGGGCGGCCAAGAAAGCAGCCUACUAUCGCCAAAUGACGGCAGAGCGAACGGAUAUGCGUGUAAAGCUUAUGAACGAGAUCAUUCAGGGCAUCCAGGUGAUCAAGAUGUAUGCGUGGGAGAAAAGCUUUGCCCGGGUCAUUGCCGAGGUUCGCCUUAAGGAGGUGAAGGCCAUCCGGGGCACUGCCUACAUUCAUGCUGCCCUCGGUUGCACCUCCAUGAUAUCGCCGCUAUCGGUAUUCCUCGCCCUGUGCUCCUACGUUUACCUGGGUGAUCCCCUUACUGCCCAAAAGGUGUACACAGUGUCAUCCUAUUUCAACAUGCUCAACGAUUCAAUGGUAACUUUCUGGCCCAUGUCGAUUACCUUUAUUGCCGAGGCUAUGGUUUCGGCAAAACGUUGUAAGGAUUUCCUGCUAGACGGCGACAGAGCCGAGGUGCCCAUUAACCUGGAGGCCAAUCAGCAAGCGGGCAAGAAUAAACGCAAAAUCACCAAGGAGGACAAACAGAAAAACGUGGAAUUGAACGGCUCACUGCUGUCCAACGGUCACUUGCAGCACAAUCGUCUGAGAGAUUACGAUCCAGAAGCAAAGAAAAAGUGUGUGGUGCUCAAAAAUGUAUCUGCCUCGUGGGACGCCAGUGAUGGCCAUGCGAACUCUGCCAUCGAGGACUUUAGCACAGAUAUACAGGAUAAUACCCUGGCCGCUGUCGUUGGACCUGUGGGUGCUGGCAAGUCCAGCUUCCUGAAUGUCCUGCUGGGCGAAGUGGGCAUCGACAAGGGCGAGGCCAUGGUUCACGGCAAGAUUUCAUAUGCCUCCCAAGAAUGCUGGGUCUUCGAGGGAACGAUUCGCGAUAACAUCGUCUUUGUGGAGGAUUACAACGAGAGGCGGUACAAGAAGGUUGUGAAGGCCUGUGGCUUGGAGCGAGAUAUGGAGCUGCUGCCUCGGGGCGAUUUGACAGUGGUUGGAGAGCGCGGUGUGAGUCUCAGUGGUGGGCAGAAGGCCCGAGUGAGUUUAGCUCGUGCUGUCUACCGCAAGGCGGAUAUAUACCUUCUCGACGACCCUCUUUCUGCUGUGGACACCCACGUGGGCAAGCACAUCUUCGACCGCUGCAUACGCGACUUUCUGUCCAAUAAGAUACGAAUUCUGGUCACACAUCAGGUGCAAUAUCUGUUCGAUGUCGAGCACCUGCUGCUGAUGGGCUCUGGAAAGAUUAUGGCCCAGGGCAGCUACCAGGACCUCCAGCGCUCUCGCCAGUUCCAGUUCCUAGAGCAGACGCAGCACGACGAGAGUGGCAUCGACACCCACAGUGUGAGCAGCUUUUUGUCGCGCAGUGACUCCGAGAAGAGCAUGGACCACCAGCACAACCAGCUCCUUCGGCCGGGCGAGCAGGUGGAGGAGCUCAACCAGGAGCAGCAGACGGUGGGCGCCAUCAAGAUGCACGUCUACGCCUCGUACAUCAAGGCUUUGGACAGCACCUUCUUGCUUUGCAUAAUUAUCUCCUUGUUCGUCUGCGCCAGGGUCAUGCUCACUGGAGUGGAUUACUUCUUGUCCAGAUGGGUUAUUUGGGAAGAGCAAAUAUCAGCUAAUAGCACUACCACCCUGCUAAAGGAAAAUGAUGCGAUGCCCGUCAAUGACACGCUGCCUCUUAAUGCCACGGAAACCUCUAUCGAGCCUUUAAUGGCUGGCGACACUCAGGCAGGCAUCCGUCAGGAGCUUGUCCUCUUCUAUGCCACCAUACUGGGCGCCACGCUGAUUGUCUAUCUCAUUCGAACUUUUGGCUUUUUUAAAAUGUGCCUGCGCAUCUCGCUGCACCUGCACGACCGACUUUUCAGGGGAAUCACCCGGGCCAGCAUGUACUUCUUCAACACGAACUCCUCUGGCCGAAUUUUGAAUCGCUUCUCCAAGGAUAUACGCACAGUGGACACGGAUCUGCCGCACACGCUGCUGGAUUGCCUGGCUUUCAUCAUCGAUGUCUCUGGCGUAGUGAUUAUCGUGGCCAUUGCUAACUAUUGGCUCCUGGUUCCCGCUGCUAUCAUCGGUGUGAUUCUGGGCAUGAUACGUUACCUCUAUGUCAAUACCAGUCGCAGCAUCAAGCGAUUGGAGUCCAUAUCUCGAAGUCCAGUUUUCUCGCUGACCAACCAAACCUUCCAGGGUCUCACCACCAUUCGCGCUUUGCAGGCCCAAAGCGCCCUGGAGCAGGAGUUCCAUGAGUACCAGAACACCAACACCUCCGCCUGGUUCCUCUUUCUGUCCUGCACUCGUGCCUUUGCCCUCUGGUCGGACGUGCUGUGCAUCGUCUACAUGACGGCAGUGACCUUCAGUUUCCUACUUCUUAAGAAUGAGUUCGAUAGCGGCGAUGUCGGAUUGGCCAUCCUACACUCGACCACGAUGACGGGCAUGUGUCAGUGGGGCAUGAGGCAGACGGCUGAGUUGGAGAAUCAAAUGACCAGUGUGGAACGAGUGCUGGAGUACACGGAACAGCCGUCAGAGGCUCCACUGGAGACGCCGGAGAAGUUCAAGCCAAAGACCGAGUGGCCCAGCAAGGGACGCAUCGAGUUCAUCAACUUUAAGCUGCGCUACUCGCCCAAAGAAGCACCUGUGCUAAGGGAUCUCAACUUCACCAUCGAGUCGCGCGAGAAGAUUGGCAUUGUGGGCCGCACAGGCGCCGGUAAAUCGUCCAUUAUUCAGUCCAUCUUCAGACUGGCCUGCAACGAGGGCAUGAUCCGCAUCGAUGAUGUGGACAUUGAGCAUAUUGGGUUGCACGAUCUGCGCAGUCAGGUUUCUAUUAUACCUCAGGAUCCGGUUCUGUUUUCUGGUACUUUGCGUUACAAUCUGGAUCCCAUGGACGAGCGUUCGGAUGAGGAGAUGUGGAAGGCUCUGGGCGAUGUGGAGCUCCGCUCCUAUGUGUCAACUUUAAUUGGUGGACUCAAUUGCCGCAUGUACGAUGGCGGGUCCAACUUUAGUGUGGGCCAAAGACAGCUCGUGUGCCUGGCGAGGGCCAUUCUGAGGCACAAUAAGAUACUGAUCAUGGACGAGGCCACCGCCAACGUGGAUCCAGAAACCGACAAGCUUAUACAGCAAACCAUCCGCACAAAGUUUGCACACUGCACUGUUUUGACAAUAGCCCAUCGUUUGCACACCGUAAUGGACAGUGACCGGGUGCUGGUCAUGGAUGCCGGCGAGGUUCGCGAGCUGGGACAUCCUUACGAGCUGCUGCAGCGAUCCGGCGGAUACCUGCGCCAACUGGUGGACAACACGGGAGCGGCCACCUCAUUUGCCCUGCAGCAGGCGGCGGAGCAGAGCUACAGCAAACAGGUUCUGGGUGAUGACACGGCCGCCGAGGAUCUGAACAUUACAUUAGCCAUGGAGGAAAGGGCCCAGUGAUGGAGACGGCACAACAACACACCUACUUCUAAACUUGCUUAAGGGUUAGAUCAUAAGAACUAAAAGUAUUAUGUACAUAGCAGAGUUGUACUUAGAGCAACGAAUAACCUAUUGCCUUGUACUUACGAAAUAUUUGUAAGCUUGUUUACCGCCACGAAUUUAUGUAUGUAUAUGUUCCAUAGUGUACCGAGUACUGUUCGUAUCACCUAUGUUUUGUACGUCAUGUGUUCAAUUGGCCAACCAAUCGAAAGCAAUUCGCAAACGCAGUGCACAAAUCAGAGCAAGUUCAAUCAAACGAAGACAAAUAGUUUAUUUAGGUACUUUUUUAAAAUAUGUAGCUAAUGUAGGAUUACAACAUCGUACUUAUAGAUACGUACAAUCUCAAUAAAGUGCCUGAGAAUUAUUACUUACAAAUGAAAAAAAUGC